AUGCACCGCACUCGCGGAAGUCGCGCCGCCGAUGUUUGCUCUCAGGCGCCAUUUCUGCAGAGAGGAACGACGGCGCGGCCUGUGAUCAUGGCGCUGUUCCCAGCUUUUGCGGGUGUUAGGGAGGUUGCCGACAGUGGGACCUCCAGGAAAGAAUUAGACUGGCUGAGCAACCCGAGCUUCUGUGUUGGAAUCAUAACGCCAUCGAGCCAGCAGCCUGAAGAGGUCCCAGGCCUUGUUUCUGAGGAGCCACCCCUGACAAGGAGUACUUUGAAAUCAGACCCUUCAGACGAAAAUGACACUCACAAAAAACUCAAACACACAAGCAGAAAAAAGAAGAAAGAGAAAAAGAAAAAGAGGAAACAUCAGCACCACAAGAAAACCAAGAGAAGACGCGGCCAGUCGAGUAGCAGCACAUCUGAGCCAGACACUGACGCUGAAAGGAACUGGUCUCCUAGAAGCAUCAGUAAAAAGGAAUCUGAGAAGCCAAAGUAG